CAAAGCCUUGCAAAAUAUUCGUCAAACGGGCAUUGCUCGUCCUCUAGAGCCCCCUCUUGGCGGCAUCGAAUCUCACAGGGGAGGGGGGGCCUCCCCGCGCCCUAGGGAAAGCAGAGAGGACACUGAACAUUGGGCAACGAAAGGGGGGCUUUCUCGGCAGGUGGCCCAUAUAUCUCCGGUUCGGAGUGUCGGGGAAUUCCAAAGGUACCUUGCUCGGUUCCCGUCGUUGCGGGGAAGUUGCAGAAAUGUAAACCUGAAACGGCAACGCUUCUGAUCCACUGUGUUUUCUCAUCUCUGGUCGAAACCUAAACACAUGCUUGCUCUGUGCGUCGGCAUCGUCCCCGCCGCCACAAUCGACGUGAGGGGGCGAAUGUUGUUCGAUGUUAGGUGCUGGAAAUUAUUGUUUGGGAAGUUCGCCGUUCUCCGAAUCCCGCUUUCUUUCACAGUGUUCGGGUUCUCCGCUCCAGCCCCAGUUGACGGAUGUAAGGCUGCAUCGAGGAUUCACGUGGAAGCAGUUCGGCCCCGCCCCAGCAGAGAGAGAAAAAAAACAGAUUUAUCCUCAUGAUCACAGGAUAGCUCUUGUUCUGUCACACGCUUCGCUGUCUGAACGCAGCACGCACUCCUUUCGAGGAAAAAACAGGAGUCCAGUGGACCGCGUGCUCCUGGCGUGCCCUGUUUUCCAAGCUGCCGGCAGAACAGGGAUCGAAGCUCCCCAUUCUGCUCGUCUGGGACAAGACUUUUUUCGAAGCGCUGCCGUACCUCGCAAAGAGCAUCCGGCAUCAGAAAUGGCUGUACAUUUUCUCGUGCUGCCAUGCGUCCAUCUGUGUUGCACCAUGCGUUUGUUUGCUAAACGUCGAGAAUCAACCGCAGAACGCUGGGGGCGGCUGUAACGUCUUCCCGGAGGUGCGAGUAGCUCUGUGCGUCUUCAUGGACCUAUCUGCAUAUGUGUUUGUAUGAAUCUGUGAAGAAGCAAAUAUGUAGAAAGGACUCGGUGACCCUAUUCACACGGAUGCGUUUAGACUGUAUACAUGUCUACGAACUUUGUUGCCCUCCUCUGUAAUGCUCCUCUGCUUUGAAUGCCAACUUGUCUAUAUAAAUUGACGUAUGCAUUAGUAUUCUACGUUUUAAGUGCCCCAAACAACAUUUCACGGAUUCCGAAAGACGGCAGGGCUGCGCAGGAAACGUUUAUGGUGUUCCCGCGUGUAACUUCUGAGGGGUCAACCGAAGCGCAAGUGCUGAGGUGACCGCCUGACGGUCGGGCUCUUUCCAGUUAAUAUGUGAACAGUAUACGUUAGUGCGUUGUUUUAUCACAUUGUUUCCGUGCCCACGAACUUUUGCAUGCAUUGUCUCUGUGGGGGUUCAAGAUUCUCGACCGUGAGCAAAAGACGCAUCCGGUACCACUCCUUCGUUUGUUCAUUCCCUGUCUGCACGAUUGAUUAACGGAAACGCGGUUCCGUCACACUUAGGACGUCUGUUUAUGGUGUACCUCCAGGCUUUUUAAGCUGAGUUUCAGGGGCCUCACCGUACGGUCCAGUGUGAGAGCUGAAGCAUUUCUGGCAUUGACAUCCAGCGUGUGUGUCGGCAUCGACCUGUUUGCAUUCGAGCUUCUGGAGAGCCGUCUGGUCGUUUUUUUUCUCACCGCUGGAUCGAGCGAUUGCAUAUUUCUCGAUCGUCUGUGCCUGCCCUGUGCUUUCCACGUUUUUUCCGGACCCCCUGUCCUCCAGCCUCGGGACCGCCGGAUUUAGGUUGCAACGUAUUCACCUCUGCGCCUGCAUCUUUGGCGUUCCAGGUGCUUUCUUCUGUGGCGGCAGCAUGGCAUCGUCUGGCCUCACCCAUUCCUGGGUGUCGUGCCCGCGAGGCGCGGCUCCUCACAUAGAGGGAAGGAGCGCCGCCUUCCAAGAGUCCCGAUGUGCAGACGACGCACUGGCAGCUCUCGCCCUAGAUUCAGCAGCUGGAGACCUGAGACAGGCGCACUCAGGCUCUCCGGGCCUGGGGGCCUCAUCGCAGAGAGGCCCUCAAACAUAUGGAGUCUCUCACACUGCUACUGCUGCCCACGCUUCCUUUCCAGCGGGCUCUCCGCUGAAUUCUCUCCGUAGCGCACCUUUCCGCAAUCUCAAGAGACAUAGCGGCGAAGAGUUUCUUACGAGGGCCGCAGCGGCCGGGCCUGCGGGUCUUCAGGGAGGAGCCCCGGGGGCGAAUGCACUCUACUGGGAAGGCGAGGACGAGGCCGGCCGCACCAGCGACUUGGCCGGGACGACAAAUGCGGUUUUCUCUGGUCUGUUGCAACACAGUGGAUCUGGAGACGGCUCCGACGGUGUCGACAACCAGUCUGAGUGGAAUAUGCUCUUGCGUGCGGAGCUUCAAAGCGCAACGGACGGGGAAGCCAGAAUUCGUGUGCGAGCAUUGCGGGACGACCAGAAAGCAGCGCUGCGGAACUUGUUGACGCUCAAGCAGCGUUCGCUGCAGGCGCAGCAGGAAGAGGUUGAGAAGCUGUUGGCGUCUCUCUACCGUGACUGUGACGCCACAUUCAGUGUCUCGGACGUCUUGGCCCUGGUCACCGAUAUGUCGUCGCUGGUUGUCCCGCCAUAUGCGGGUUCAUCUGGAGUUUCGUCUGCUCAAGCAAGCCAGUGCGUUGCCCCCCACCACCCACCGGGCAUUUCGAGUCCGCUCGGACCUCUGCGGCAAACCAGUCCUUCAAAAUCGCCUGCGGCUCAGAUGCCCAUCGGCGUUCUUGGCCUCUCGACUCUACGCGGCGGCGCCUCCACUGCUGGGACUUCAGCCACUGUGGGAACUGAUGCUUCUCAGAGUACCUAUGCAACACCUAAAAGCCAGCGAGGAUCAACCGUGAAGGAGGACGGGUUUUUCUUUUCUUCAACUGGGUCUCCCGUGAUGUCGACUCAGCAGCCUGGACAGAACGAGGGCGACUGCCUCCGCAGCGCGGGGAAAGAGAGCGACGCUGGACUGUCUCUCUCUGAAGCGUCGGACGCCCACCCGUUUCAUCGAAGAAACUCGACCCGAUCGAAAACCGCACCGCCCUCGUAUACACUCGACAACCUUGCGAGUCUGUUUUCUUUGAUCUGUGAAGACGCUGGCGCCGCCGGACCAAGCACGCAGGCACUUGCAGGCGCCCUCCGGGAAGGCCACUCGGCAGCCUCUGGCAACGAUGCGGGCUCGUCUCAGUCUUCUGUGCCCACUAGCUCUCCAGAAACGUCUUUCCUCCAAAGCUCGGCGUCUGCCUCCCAGCAAUUCGCCGCAAAUGUAGCGGCGUCCGACGCCAUCGCUUCUUUGCUGUUGAAGACACGAAACCGGCUCUCCGCGCUAGAGCUGAGAGACAGAAGGGUCCGGUUUGACGAGGAACACAGAGAGCCGAUGUUCCAGCGCCACAACACCCGGUCGGCGUCUCUGGGAGCGGCGCGCGUGUUUGCUGGUGGAGAGGACUUCACGAUGCCGACAGUGGGCAGGGCGUUGGCUGCAGCAGCUGUCGCAGCAGAGGCUGCAACUGCACACAACGGCGCAGAGUUUCUGGCCGAACAGAGGGCUCAGAUGGGAUCCAGUGAGAGAGCAGCUACUAUCGGUGGAAGCGCCGCACUCGGGUCGCCUCGCUCCUUGCAAAACGGAUUGUCUGGCUCUUCAGCGGCGAAUGCAUUGCUAAAUAUUGCUAAUGCCGGAGACAGGGCAUCCGAAGACAACUGGCUGCCCACCCAUCGAAGUACAGGAAACGCCUGGGAAGCACUCAAUGGAUCCUCGACCUCACAGGCGGGGGAGGCUUCUGGAGGCAAUGUGGCAUUUGCAAGACCCCAGAGACGAACUGUGACCCUGCCAGGAAGCACGAAAUAUAUGCAGCUUCAGUCGAUGGACGUUCAGUGCCUUCUGCAUCUCCAAGGUCGGUGCAAGCCCUGCGCCUUUUACUACAACCGAAAGGGCUGCCGUAACGGAGUCAACUGCGAGUUCUGCCACCACGAGGUUCACUCGAAAUUGACUUUGAAGCAGUGGAAGAAACAGCAGCAUAAGCUCAGCAAGCAGGGUCGUGUGGGGCUUGGAGCUGGAGAGAAUGACCUUGUGGCCGCAGCGGCAGCCGCUGCAGCGGCUGCGGCUGCUGCUGCUCGCGCUGGUGGGCUUAGAGCCGGAACAACAGCAGAACUCCUUGCCGCGUCGCCGUUGAGCACUGUGAACAACGGUACGCUGUGCUCUGGAUCUGCCGGAGGGUCAGGUUCGUGCGACUCUGCCACAGGUUUAGAGGAUGCAGUUAUGCGCACCUUGUUCGGCAACGGCGACCUCCCUCGAGGCCUGUCAGCUUUCUCCUCUGUGGGCGAGAACAGUUCUGGAACGAGCGGCAGAGACCAAGUGAUUGCUGGCCUGGACCUGUCCGAUGAAGACACAUCUGGUUGUACACCUGGCCCCACAGGCCCAACAUCUCGUCUGAGGGCAGCCUUGGCUGCUGCUGAAAGCGCCCGUGUAGCUGCAGCUGCGGCUGGAGCAGCUGUCAAAGACGGAGACUUGCAAUGCACGUCGGACGAGGGAGUGGAGAGGCCGAUCAGGAUGAGUGAAGAGUGUGUUGGGGGCUCCGCGAACUUGAUGUAUGCCGACAUGAGCAGUAACGCUUAAUAUGAUGACCCCGGCAAUGUAGCAACUGGAGCUGUCAAACCUGCCAGCCCCGCUGGUCGUGUCUUGCUGAGAUGAAAAUGAAGUUUAAUGUGGUGUACGGAAGCUUGUAGACUCGUCCGUGGGCACUCAGGAACAGAAGUGUUCACAGACGAAGACUUCCUUUCUUGUUCAGGCACUGGGUAGGAGUUGCUCGCUCUACACGAUCCAGCACGUGGUAACAAUGGCUGCAAGAGAUGGGGAUCAGAUUUGACGGGCCCCGCUAGGGCGGGGACGAGAGGGGAAUGUUGUGUGCUGUUUUGCAAAAAAUCGCCUGCUUCAGUUGGUGUCGUGAAGCAUGUUCGCGGUACCCAGCACAGCAGUAGCUCACCAGUAUCAGCAGCCGCAGAGUUUGAAUGAGUGAUAAGGCAAUGUAGAGAAGUUGUCACAAAACGCAGGACUGGUCGUGAUGGCUUGCCUCGUUUUUUGCCGCUUGGAAAUCUGGAGGACAACUGUGCUUCUGCCGGCCGCCUUCCGGGAGAGCUAAUGGAUGGCUGUGAAGGACGUAAAUGUUUUCGUCUGGUGCGCUGGACGCGAUUGGGUUCCCCAUCUGGCCAAUGCGGAGAAGCUUCCGUGGAGUGCCGCACGUAGAGGCAUCAACACAGUGCUCGCCGAGUGUGGGUGGCAGUAGACGCCCUCAGCCUGCCUGAAUGCAGUCACCGGCGAGACUGUGGCUAACUCCACAUGUGCUGUGAAAACCUGCAUAACGUCCGGCGCAUGUGGCGGACAUCCGUAGAUAUUUAACGCAAACAGCAGUUGGGCACCAUCGUUAUAUUCUACAACGUAUGGUGUCUGGCUACAUUGUGCGUUUUUACCUGCGCUCAAUGUGAGCCGGUGGUCCUCUCUCGUGGCACUACAAAGUUUGCCGUUUUGUUGUUAAGCAUUAAUACGCUCUAAGCGGCCCGUGCUGCGCUGCUGUAAUGUGCGCCCUGCUGGACUCUGUAUAUCCCACUUGUUAUGUGUCUGUCACGGCGUUGUGUCACAGCUCCGGUUCACUAACUCCCACCGGAUGUGUUGGUGUUUUCGGUCGGGCGCGUUGGGUGUGGUGUCCAACUGAUUUUCUCGUUUUGUGGUGACGUGUCUCACCAUCCAGCAAGUGAUUCCUAUAGUGGGACUCGUCAAGAGAAUGGUACCAGUCAGCAGGACCUCAUGCUUUCAAUUGAGGGAGCCCAGGCUGAUCCGUGAGAGGACUCUUCCCAGUGUCUGGGCGUUUUCUGUGAGGGAAACAGGGCUGUAGAAUGUUUAUUAUUUUAACCACAUUGUAUGAGGGAGCGUCGCUGUUGUUGUACUGUCAAUGACGUGAAUAGAGACUCCAUAUUCUGACUACGCUGCUUCCUCGUUCCCAAAUUGGCGCCUGAAGUGUCGUGUUGGUCGGGGUGCUUUGCCGGCUUCUACGCGUUUUCAUUGUUCGGCGACAGCACCUGAGACAUCGCGUUGUUGAGUGUUUGCCCUCAAAGCGGCGACAGCACACACCCUCUCCAUGUGUAUCAAAGCAGUAAUUGUUUUUCCAGAUCGUGCUUGUGAUAUAAAUGAUUGUUUGUGGGGUCACGAGCUGCAAUUGCCCGCCCAGCGACGCCUCAUUGUGGCGUGUAGGCAAUAUCAGGUGCCCCCCAAAGCAUUUGUGUGCAGUGCAAUCAAGUGUUUGUGCCAGUCAAGAUAAAACGGUGUGACGCUAGAUCUGCAGGUGACACGAAGACUCGUGCAUUCAGUUAUACCUGCGCAUGCAUGUCGCUGGGAACAUGUGGAGCCACUGCACUGGGAGGGAGCAACGACGAUGUGUCCAGAUUUUUUUCAUUUGUCGUCGCACGACUGUCUAUUCGCGAUCCAUAAAGAGUUCUAGUUUUGCGAUGGCAGGUGACGACAUCGUCUUCUUGCAGCCUUCUUGCCAUGGUUCUUUGUGUGAAGUUUGUGUGUCUGAACAUGCGCGCAAAUGUCCCUUCACUUGCACAGAAGUUCCGUCACAACUUGUUCUGCAGUGCCUCCAUGUCAUAUAAUCCACGAGAGACCGUUCUGCCACGGAACGGGUUUUUGUGUUUCCUGAGAUAGCAGACUUCCUUGCGUUAACCUUGUGGCGCUUCCGGUGCCACUCUCGUGUAGCCGUCACUGAUGUGGACUGGUCGUAACGUGGAUUAGUCAGCAUAGUUUCCGAAUAGAACGAGGCAACAGUCCACCUGCAUUGGUGAACAAUUAUCACUACUGCCGGUGCAGCUUGGGGGGUCCAGACAGCUUAGUUUGCACUGUAGCACGUCGCGUCAUCCAGUUUUAUAAUUCUAUGGAAGUGAACGCAAAGCAGCGGAGGUUGUUGUCGAUGGCGAUCGUCAGCGUGGAAAAGAAAGGCUGCGUGCCUAUCUCCCAAACGAGUUGUGUUUUCGAUUUGGAGGAUCUUCACGAGAGCUACGCCCAACGGCUCUUGGUAUUUCGGUGCAAGCGACACUGACAAAUAUCGCCGGCUGGCGCUCAUUCUCAGAUUUCAGUUUCUCCAGCUAGAAGGCGAGUAUACUGUGGACGCGUCCUCGCCAUGAGGCCAGUUGCGGUUAAAGUUGUGCACGCAGAUCAAGAGGAACCGUGUGUUUUCUCUGUAGAUUUGAAGCAUCGGCUUGUGAAAUUUGGCGUCAGCCCCUGCUGCGCCGUUGCUUUACGCUGCCGGGCGCGGUGUCGCCAGGGACACACAAACCCGUGUCAGAGCCGAAGAAUGACAUCUGAUGGACGAUCGUAGCAGUGGCAGUAGUCAUGGAGUAUGCGUUAGAACAGCGCAAGUAUUAUGUGCUGGUAAUGUACUUGAUAAAAGCGGGCUUCCGAAGAGCAGGCGGACGCUGAAAUGUAGAAACUGAACUGCUGCGCAUUCAAAAUGUUAGGGUGGCCGAAUUGUUUGCGUGUGGGGGGCGGAGGAGGCCGGGCCCGCGGUCAUUUACAUUGGGCCAGAGAAAGAACAGCGGAGGCUCCAACAAGGCUGAUUGCUCCAGCGUGUUCUAUGAAAUUCAUUGUAUGUCCUCAGAGCCCGUAGACGUGGAGAACAAUCGCGUGACACGCGUGAAAAACAGUACCGUUUGUCUUUUUGGAGCACCAUUCUAUGCUGAAUCUUCACUCGCUGGGCACCAAGCCUGCGUGAACUCGUGCCACGUUAGCACGGGCGAGUGCCCGGAACGACUCCUUGACUGGCCAGCGAUUCAAUCUGUGCUGGAUAAUCUUUGCAAAAAACGGUGUUUUGCAUGCACCUCGUGUGCAUCUGAAGCCUGACGCAUUGCUUGAUUUCUAGAUUCGCG